AAUCUUCUUUAAAGAUUUACAUUUUUCAAAUCUUCCAUUUGUUUGUUGCGCUUCACAGCCGUGUGGCUGGUUUACAUGUUGGAUUGUCUCAUAUCGGUGAGGAUUAGUGGAGCUUUUGUCGCCGUGGUUACACCUGUUAAAUGUACCGUCUCCCUCUCAAAUGUUCUAAACCAGCUUUUAUUGAAUUGUAGAAAAGUGGCUGAACUUGUUCCACCCUAAAGACUUCCUGAUAUUUGGGUCAUUGUGGUGUUUGAGGCUCGGGGCCUCCAGACGUUUGCUUUCAGGACUUUGUCCUCUGAAUCACAACACGGUGACCUUGAGUUUUUUUUUUUUUCCCCAAGGCUGCUUUGUCUAAUUUGCCUCGACAGUCAAAUCGCAGGUGGAGACGGAUGCAGCCGCGGGUGGAUUUACGUGUCUCCUGCUCGAAUGAGUCAAAUGAGCGGUGUGACCCCCAGGAACCUGGGGGGGCAGAUGUUUGUGUCCAGUCACCGAGAGACCAGCAGCAGCUCAGGAAACCGAAUCCCGAAGAUGAAGACCUGCGGCCCCUUCCUCCUCUUCCUCUGUGGCCCCGUGGCUGCACUGGGAUCAGUGGUGGUUGAACGUUAUGAGCACGUAAAGAAGUGUUUAUCCUGGCACGAAGCUCAAAGUCACUGCAGGAGCAAAUUCACCGACUUGGGGACCAUCUACGAGGAGUCCGAUGAAGAAACAAACCUGGAUUCUUACUCUGCGUGGAUCGGCCUGCACAAAACACCGAGAGGCUGGUUUUGGUUUGAUGGACAUGAAAUGUCACUUAAUGACCCCGACUGGGCACAAGACGAGCCGAACCCUUUGGAAACAUGUGCAGUCGUCUCUUACGGCAUCAAAAAGGUUUAUGGCAAAAGGUGUGAGGAACACAACUUCUUCUUCUGUGAGGAGAGGGGCAGUGACCGGUUCACCUUCGUACCGGAGUCCAAGAAUAUGUCUGACGCCAAAGCGCACUGCGCCUCGCAGAACAAAGCUCUGGCAUCUUUCCACAUAGAUCGCAUUUUCCAGUCAGAGGUCAAGAAGCAGGACUAUCCGGUCUGGACCGGACUUCACCGAGAGGGGGGAGCGUGGAAGUGGAGCUACGACUCGUCGGAGUACAGAAAUUGGGCCUCACAGGAGUCCAGCGCCACGGGCGACUGCGUCGCCAUCUCCUCCCGAAACAAGAAGAUGUCCGCCCAGAACUGCGAAGCCCGCUUUCCCUUCGUGUGCCUGAGCACCAACCUGGUGCUGGUGAGGGAGGAGAAGACGUGGGAGGAGGCGCUGCGCCACUGCCGAGCCCUCGGCUCCUCCGCCUGCGGCAGCCGGGAGUACGACCUGGUCAGCGUGCAGCCCGGCGACGAGCGCGAGCACGUGCACGUGAGCGCCGCCGUGCAGGAGGCCGACACCGAGGAGGUGUGGGUGGGCCUCCGGUUCCUGGCCGGUUCCUGGCUGUGGGUGAACGGGGCGACCCUGCUGUACCCCGACCUGCCGUCGUGCCCCCACCCGCUGCAGCGCUGCGGAGCUCUGCCCAAGAGAAGCGCCGGCGGCGGCUUUUUGCUGGCAGACUGCGCCGAGAGAAGGAACUUCCUGUGCUACCGCAAACAGUGAGCCGCAGAUGCUAACACCAGGCUGCUAACGCCACGUGAGGAUUGACUUUAACCGCGUUCAAUCAAACUUUAGUCACGCGCUUUGAGAUGUUUUCUGUAAACUUUUAAGUCGAUCAUUAAAAAAAGAAGCAGCUGAA